CCGGGGGUUUGCGAACGGGAGCUCGGUCGAUGCAGAACGAGCUGUGAAAAACACAUGAAACACACAGGGCAGAAGAGAGGUUCGGUUUGUUCACCUGCCGCAAGGCUCGAAAUUACUCAAAGGACAUGCCUGGUUUUGGGCUUAUGGGAACUUAAUUAGCGUGUGAUGGGAUUUUUAGUUGUAGAUACACGAGCUCCCUUCGCUGAGACUCCGAGUGGGGCUCCGCCGAUUUCUGUGCUAAGCAGUUCGAGACCUAUCGAGGCUGUUUUCGACGCACUGAAGCAGAGGUGGAGCGGGAGGGUCUGAACACGUUGUGACCAGCAUUGAUGCACAGAUCGUUCCGAUAUUGGGAGAACCUCUGUCCAACUCCAAUACUUAGCUGGCUCCUCGUUUUUGCUCAAGUGACAACAGUUAUGUAUAUCCUCCAAUUGUCGUUCUUUGCAACAUCCAAGCUUGGAUAUUUCCACGGCCGCAAUGAUGGCAAUGGUGCUGUUCCUGUUGCCCUGCUUGUUGUCAACUGUGUACGCGAUGCGGGAGAAUCGUCACGACUUGGAGCGACGCGAGGGGAGAAUCGGUCUCGGUCUCUUCACCAAAUGCCGCAGUGCCAAGUGCAAUGACCAAACAUUUGAAUUCCCAGGAGAUUUGGGAGGAACGCUUGCCAUCAAGGAUUGCCAGGUGAAGAAGAAUCAGCCCUUUGAAGGAUCUGAUCAUCAUCGCAUGUGCGAGGAGACAUGCACAGUCUCUCUGACCAACAACGAGUCCAUGACCGUGAAGGUCUGGCGUAAGAGCGGCCACGGACUUCAGGAGUGUGAAUUGCAGAAGGGCGGACAUUAUGACUUGUGUCGCCUAGCCAAAUGCAAUGACCAAACCUUUGAACUGUCAGGGGAUGGAGGAACAUUUGCAUUCAAGGAUUGCCAGCUAAACCAGUCAAAGGAGAAUCAGCCCAUCGAAAGACUGAAUGGUGAGGCCAUGUGCGUGGAAACAUGCACUGUCUUAGACUCAAAUGAGAAGUCCCAGACCGUCCAGGUGCGGCGCCAGAGCGGUCGCCGCGUGAAGACUUGCCAGUUGAUGGGCCACGACUUGUGUGAAGACACCUGCUGCGUGAGCAAGUGCGGCCGAAGUGGCCAAAGCAAAUUCCAGGAUUGUGAGUUGAAGGGUCCGGUGACGAUUGGGAUCCGUGACUUUUGUGUGGAGAAGUGCAAGGCAGCCAGCUCCGGCUCCGGCUCCGUCGAUGUGUUGCGGCCAAGUGGGGGGCAAGCGUUUUGUGAACCGCAGGCCAUGGACUUUGUUGAGCAACUCGAGAAGGAUGCCUUGAGCAUUAGUGAUGGCCAGUAUGGGCAGCUGCCGCUGAUGAAGGCAGUCAAAGUCAUAUUCUUCCUAAGAAAAGUGAAGGAAGACGUCCUUGGGCCAGAGUUUCAAGCUGCUGAGGGGCAUCGCACCAGCCGAGAGAUCUCAACGGAGGUCAAACAUGUCGCGAUCAUUGGAGAUCUUCAUGGACAGCUCUUCAAUCUCAUUGCUCACUUGAUCCGUAUCAAGGAGACUUACAAGGACAAGGGGUUCAUUCCGCUUGAUGGAUCCUCGUUGCUUUUCUGUGAUCCGCGCAUGCAGUACAUCUUCCUGGGCGACUACCUGGAUCGGGGUGAAAGAGGAAUUGAACUGCUGCUGCUUCUGUUAGCCUAUAAGGCACGAUGCCCUAAGGGCCUCAUUCUCUUGAGAGGAAACCAUGAGGAUCCGGAUGUGUGGGACGACUACGGGUUUGGAGGGGAGCUGCAGCACAAGUUCCCGUACGGCCAUUUGUUCAUCAGACAGGAAGUAAGCACUCUUGUUAGUCUCUUGCCAUAUGUUGCCGUGGUGCCUGGCAAUUUCAUGGCCAUGCAUGGUGGCAUCACCCCCGCGUUCGUGAAGGCGUGCACGGGAAAAGCUGGUCGGUUUGGCAAAUGCCUUGACCGCUACAUUGCCGACAUGUCAGCUUGGGCUGAUCCUCACAAGGGCAAUGGCUGGAUCCCGUCUCACAGAGGUGAAUACAUUUACGAGUUUGGUAUGGACGAGGCAAAAGCCUUCCUUCAGUCCAAUGGCCUGAAAGGCAUUUUUCGUGGCCACGAACAAGUGGAGACAGGCCACACAAGCAUGGUCUAUGAUGGAUACUACGUGACGACGGUCUUCUCUGCUGCAGACUACGUUGACACUUUUUGCAGGGGCCAAGAACCUCCAUGGAUGUUCGGUGCAGCUGGUGAAGGCAAUUCCGGCGCCUUUGUGUUAGUGGACUUGACUGAUGGCACAGUGACCCAUCAAGCGAUGUCCGGAUCAAAGACAAGAGCCUUAGCUGCUCAGUUCACAGGGGCAAAGUGCCACGGGAGUUGGUUGGAAACAGGAUCCCACCAAUCCAGAAGCAUUGAGAGUUUCAUGCAGGAGAAUCACAAGCGCCUGGCUCAUGGCAACACAUCUUGCACCUUGGACCAGACGGAAGUAGACUCCUUCAAAGAAGAGGUGCGCAAGAUCUUGAGCACUUCGAAGGACCAAGCAUCUCAAGAGUUUGAGGCUCGAAAAUUGAUUGAUUUGCAGGGGGAGGCUUUGACCCAUGGCGAGUCCAUCGAGAUUUGCAGGAGCAUGAAGAAAGAUCACAUCACGCUGGA